AUGAAGUCUCGCUAUCGUUUGCUUGGAGCUGCUAGCAUUUGUCUUCUUGUAUCAACUUACUACCUCUUCCGCCUUCGUCAGGUAUAUUUGCCGGCCGGCAUAACGAUUAAUAACGGGGAAUAUUUGAAUCAGGAUUAUCCAGCUACAACGAAACUAAGCAUCAAGACCGUGGUUGCCUCGCAAAGCCGCGACAACACCACAUGGCUACCAACGCUCUUUCCUGCUUGGAACCAUGACAUUUUCGUCGCUGACCAACCCAGCGCUGCUUUGUCAGUACCUCGGAACAAAGGUAGAGAGGGCAUGACCUAUUUGACUUUCAUCAUCAACAACUACUCGUCUUUGCCCGACAUUGUUAUUUUCUUACACGCUGAACGAUACCAAUGGCACAAUGACGACCCAUUGUAUGACGGAGCACGCACAUUGUCGCGUCUCCAGCUUCCUUCUAUUCUCGAGCAAGGGUACGUAAACCUUCGCUGCGUUUGGACAUUAGGAUGUCCGAAAGAGAUACGCCCACUAGAUCACCCUGUUGACGAGAUCACGAGCGAGACUUCUGCCGACCAAGUCUAUGCUGCUGCGUUCAGAGAGCUCUUUCCAGAUGUACUCGUUCCCGAGAUCAUUGGGGCAAGCUGUUGUGCGCAGUUCGCAGUGACAAGAGAGACUAUACUGAAGCGACCAAGAGAAGACUAUGAGAGAUAUCAACGUUGGCUGCUCGAAACGGGGCUCGAAGAUGGUCUAUCUGGUAGGAUCAUGGAGUACUCGUGGCAUAUCAUAUUUGGGAAAGAGGCUGUCUUUUGUCCGAGAGCAGAGGACUGUUAUUGCAAAGUAUAUGGACUAUGCGACUUGCAGUGCGACGAAGAAGGUAAGUGUCGUGAGCAAUACACGUUACCGCCAUACUCGACCCUUCCUCAAGGUUGGCCUUGGUAUGGCUGGGAUGGCCAGUGGCAGAACGCCAGCGCAAUGUGA